AUGAGGCGCGCGCGGAGUGUGACGGGGCCCUUGCGGCGGGCCCACCCUGCCUCGGGCGCCACUUGGAACGUCCAGGUGGUGCGAGGUAAAAUGAGCUCACAGUGUCUGUGGCAUGCCUGCCGCGCGCUCUCCGCUGGCUUACUGCUCAUGCUUCUGGGUGCUGCUAUGGCAGUUAUAGGAUACUAUGCUGACACGCUGUCAGUCGCAGAAGAAGUGCGCGGCAACUCUACAAUCUCAGUAAAAGACGAGGCGCGUGGCUUUCAUCUCAACAAUCUGUCUUACGCCGGUCCCAUUGUUAUGGGGUUUGGAGGUUUCAUCGUGGUAGCAGCUUGCGUGAUGACAUUCGAAGCACGUGACAGCGCCGCUAAAGUGACGCCGGCUAGGCCUCAAACGCUGCCUCGUCCUAUACCCCGGAGGGGGCCGUGCGCUGCGCCUGCAAGACUAGACCAGCUCGGAGUAUAUCGGCUGCCACACGUUCUACCACUACCACAUGCGCUGCCACUCGCUCCGCCACAUCGGAUAAGACCACCACACGUUUCCUGACAUGUGUUUAGAAUCGCGGGAGAGAAAGCUAGGGACCGCGCGCGGUUCGGUUCCGCCCCGGACCUGCGGGGCGGAGGCUCGCGCGCCCCGUUGCCCAUAUCCGCGCUCCGCCGUCCGCUCCGUCGCUAUGCCCUCUCCGUAGAUGAGCCUCCUCAUUCCGCUGUCAGUGCAAGCGCAGCAGAGUCCGAGUGUGGGUCGCAAUCGUCGUUGGCGUUGGAUCUACACGCGAGCGGCGUGUGCGCGGGCGUCACUCUGCGUGUGCGCGACAACACGCGGCGGCGCCCUCUGGCGCGACAACAGAGACUCGUCGAGGAUGCUAUGCAUCCAACCUCAGGCGAAAACGUCAGCAACAUAACCAACGUGGAAGAAUCAAUGCCAAGGAAUAACGAAGAAUCAAGUAAAGAAACAGUUGAAAUGGUUCAUCUGACUGUAGAGCAAGAAGCGCGUGCGCGGAGUGCUCCGCCUCCCUCCCUCUGUUCCCUCCCCCCCUCCCCGCAACUUGUGAUAUCACCCCCUCACUCGCCAACCAGAUCAGACGUCACCAGCAUUGUUAUAGAACCAGCGGAAAAUGAAGGACCUCCCGACGAAAGAACAACGCCUGAACACUGAAAAUGUAAAUAUUUCGGAAACCCUUUGUAAACAAUUUACAAAUUUACAGUAAUUAUACUUUAUAAAGAUUAUAUUUGUGCAUAUUUUGUAAUGAAUUAGUAUUGUUUAUUGUUAUUAAAAUUGCUAUCGUUUACUUAAAAAUAAGGUAUUAUGCGGGAGUUAUUGGUGUGUUUAUAGAAAUCAUACAAUGUGUAUAUACGAGGUUUGUGCGGGUCUAAAAAUAAAAAAAGUAACUCAGAUCAGUCAGUAUGUACAGAUAGUUUUCUUCAUACAGCAUUUUUCUCUAAAAACUUUACAACCCCUUAAAGAAUAAAGACUGAUAAAAGCGAAUUUUGUAAAAAGAUUUAAACCACAUAUUUCUACGAUAAAAUAAAAAAAAUACAAUAAAGGCUAAGCGUAAAAACUACUUAUCGAAACUGAAUUAUCUAUAGUACGUUUGAAGAGAGCGUGAUAAAAUACGAAUAGUAGCAGAGGGGAUUUUUGGAUUCACUCCAGCGUAGCUGGUGAAUGUUAGGGAAGCUACCUUGCAUGUUGUUGAGUACGUACCUUCCCGAAGAAUGAUCCCUCAAUGGUAGUAGGUACGUUUAGAGCAAUCAAUAAAAAAACAACUUCAAAAAUAAUCAACCAGUAGGUUAGAUUAAGGUAUGCAUGGUGGAUUAAUAUUUGUUUUCUCGAGCUACGAGGAAGUUAAAUUUUUUGUUCAUUCUAAAGGAAACAAACAUAAAAUAUAUAUAUUCUGACGAUUUCGGCAAGCCGACUGUCUAAGUUUUUUUCCCACCGCUGAAUGCGUAAAUAAUUUUUAAACUUUUAUUAUUGUUUCCAUCAUCUAAUGUGUCAAAUGUAAUAGACCACUUGGUCUUGUUCAUGGUAUUCUAUUUUAUGUAUAAAAUUCAUCAACCUAUUUGCGCCCUUAGAUAAUCGUUCCGGCGAUGCUUCGACGCUCGCCAAAACCCUUAGUGACGCUGCUGAGAUCUCAUUUAGAAGCCUUCGGCACGUGCACAAUCUGAAAAAUACCUAUGUGCUGUGUCACUGUGAAUAUUAUCUAUAUCUAUACCCAGACGCACAAUUAUCCGACCACUUUAAUAUGACGCGAGUACAUUAAAGUGGGCGGAUAAUUGUGCCUCUGAGUAUAUAUGAGGAUAUAUAUUUCUUGUGCCGGAUCUCGUAGUAUUACCUCGUUAAACGUACUAUAGAUAUACCGUUAUAGCGAAUAGUUGAUGUAUGUAAAUGUGUCAUUCAAUUAGUAAUUAAACACAGUUAUUUUUAUUAAACGUCUAUACACGUAGAUAUAUGAGUAGGUAUGUUGUUAUAUAACCUAACCUAGUGUAUCUUGUCCAUUAAAAUUAUUUAAAUGUACUUCCUAUAAUAAAAUAAACUUAGGAUUAGUAAACUUAUGGUCUAAGGGACUGUGGUGGUCAGAUCUUUGGAUUUUUAUAAAAGCUGUUUGUCAAUUUGUCAUACCAUAGGUCAUAUAAUACCAUAGCACACACCCUAGGUAGCUAAGUAAGAGUGAUAUUUUCGAGUCGUCGGCUAUUGGUCGACAUAAUAUGCUUUUUUAUCACCUUGAGUACCUAUUGUACGAGCAGGCUGACUAAGUUUGAGUUUUUAUAAAAUGUACAAAAGUCUGGCUAUGACAGACUCUCUCUCUAAUACACCAGAUUCUAAAUAUUCAGAUAAAAGCAACACAAUGUAGUUAUAGACACGUAAUUCAUGUUUUUAACACCAAUUAUCGUUUUGUUUUUCAAAAACUAUUAUAUCUUUAACCUUUUAAAUGUUAAAAUUGAUAAAAGAAGCUUUAAUUUUCAAAUACAUUUUACACGUAGUUUCGAUUGCAGGUUUCUUGUUAUAUAUUAUUAUCAAAUAAUAUAUAACUACAUAUGUAUUUGUUCCUUUUGCCGUGAAGAUCCUUGGGCCGUGGAGUCGCAGUGGCAAAAAUUUCCGAAUCAUUUGACCGCGGCUAGUUACCUCGAAUGGUGACAGAUAAUGGCUGGCUCAUUUUUUGCGCAAAGGAUCAGCCUGGCGAAAAUGCACCCACUAUUCUUGCUAACUAUUCCACGUGGUCAUGAUUUGUAUAUUUCUAUUAUUACAAUAAGUUAGCUAAGUUCGUAAUUCUUUAUCAAAUUAUGUUAUAUCAGGAUUAAAUCUAAUUACUUCAAAAUGUACAGGUAUCUCUUUUAUCUUUACUCUAUCUCUUUCUAAUUCCAAAUAUAAAAACGAGCAAUACGUCAAUAUAAUUAGGUUGAAAUCUUUCAGUGUUUUUAUAACUACUUUUCUUUUCUGCUACUGUUAUUUAAGUGCUAGAUAAUAUUAGAUGAUGAUUAAAUAGGUCACAAGUAAACUUUAUAAUAUGGUGGAUAUACAUUCUUAUAAAAGCACCUAAAUUUCAAUUUCAGAGAAGAAAUGAAUACCAUUUCUUAUAGGGAUGGUUAUACUAUGGUAUGGUAUUAUACUGUAUCUUCAGAUAAAGUGUUUUGUAGCAACGCUUAUAUAAUUAAUGAUCUUGCACAUGGUUACACAUACUGGCAUAUAAAUAAUAAUUACUUCAAGACUUAAAAAUAUUGAGAAAUGCAUUAAUAAUAUACCUGUAAUAAGCAAAUUUUUGUUUUAAGAAAUGAAACAUCACGUAUCAUAGACGGUGAAGGAAAAAUAUCGCGUGAAAACCUGCAUACUUGAGAUUUUUCUUAUUUCUCUACGUGUGUGAAGUCUGCCGAACCGCAUUGGGCCAGCGUGGUAGACUAUUAACCUAACCAUUCUGAAAGUAGAUUGGUGCUCAACAGUGAGUCGAAUAGAUAUCGGUUUUAGUUAAUUAUGAAGCAAAUAUUAGGCCACUAAAAACAUCGAUCGUAGAUCGUUAGAUGGGCCUCAAAGCGUCGCGGAAUUGUCAUUAGUUUCGCACAUUGAGUACGUCAUCACUCGUAACACAUAUCUCUUUAUUCAUGUUGUGGCUUGUGUUUUUACACUUUUGAAAUGAACACGAAGGCAUAAUUAAGGGAUUAAAAUAAAAAAAAAAACAGUAAAUAUUUAAGUCCACGUCCACUCACAGCAUGCGCUUGUUACGUACCUACUAAGUUAAGAUGUGCGUGCACUUUUUUGGUAAUGACAUAAAAUUGUGCGUUCUUUAAAAUGGAGGGGCCCAUCUAACGAUUUAUAUCGAUGACUAAAAACAGAAAACUGCGAUUUCUCAAAAGUGGAUGCUUAUUAAAUACAGUGUUUUUUCAUGGUACUGCAUUGAAUGAAUAAAAUGAGCGCCUAAAUUAAGUAAUAUAGCUUUCUGUGAGUCAUGUUAUUUACGUCAUAAGUGAUAUUAUUUCAUAAAUCUUAUCAAUAAGACAUACCUACAGGGCGAUUUUCUGUCGAUAUUUCUAUUAGAGAGGAUGAAAUAAAACAAGGGAUGAAGUUAAAAGAAUGUAACUUUAGAUAUAUCUAUAUAAUAGUCAUAUAGAAGUUUGAAAGUAAAUGGAAAUCGAAGCAAUAGGUACAGCAUUUACACCAUGAGACGUCUCGGGACAAUAGAAAGACAAAUAUCGACCCGACUAAUAACAGCCGAAAGGAAAAUAUCGCUGUCUCUUUCAAUGCCUUUGGAUGAAAGAGAGAGCGAUAUUCCAAUAUCCGCUAUUGGUCGACAAUGUGUCUCUUUGUCUUCACGAGAUAUGUCGCUAUCGUAUGCUAACCCUUCUGGAACUUAGCAUCAUUUGGAGCCAUCUGGCUAUAUUGUAGAAAAUUAAUUACUUUUGCAUGUUUUUUUAACUUACAAUAUUUAUCUAUUUAGUUAAAAUCUUGCAACUGAGUUUUAAAGCAGUUUCCCCCAAAUGAUUCAAUAAAAGCUUUAUAAUACUAUUUUAAAUACAAGAUUAAUUUGGAUGACAUUUUUUAGUCGAGUUACGUCAUUAAAAAAUUAAAUAUGGCGGUUUUUACGUCAUCGUACGGGUAUGAAAUGAAAGAAGUUCUAUAGUGGAGUAAAGGAUUACAUAAAAAAAGCAUAUUCUGGAAGUCCUCAGAAACAGCUCCGAUUUUGAUGAUUUUUUAAAAAUCAGAAACCAGAAUUUUGGUGCGGGGACGAAAUGUUUCUGAUUUCAAAUAAUAUCAAAAAACGAACUAAACAAAAAAAUUAAUUAUUGAUAAGGCUUCUGUAUUGUCAAGGGAAAAGUUUCUAGUACCUCGUAAGAUACGUGAAGCGAUAGAAAUUAGUCGUCACCCGAAUUUUAAUCGGGAUCAUGGAUGGUUGCUGCCCACAGCGUGGAAACCGCUAUUUCUUUCACUUUUUUCUUGUUGUCACAUACAACAAACUUGGAACAAGAUAGCAUUAGUUCGGUUUGCUUACAAGAAGACGAGUCUAAUGAAGAUGACAUUAAUGAACCGUCGGAGAGUGUAACGGAACCUUCACUCCCCACCACUCAACCCCUCUCCGCGCGCGCAAUGCGUGCAGCAGCGCGUCGCGCAGCCGCUUCGCAGUUUGGAUCGUGCCGCGAUGCAAGAACCAACUCAUGACUAAGGGCCCCGUAUGGGUUCGAAACUAGUCGGGCAUACUCCGACGUAAUAUCACGUGAGUUUUAGCCGUGUUUCAUAAUCAAUUAAUAUGAAUAACACUCACGAUAGUUUAAAUUUUAAAUUCUAAAAUAAACAAAAAAACAUCCAAAUCGGAGCUGUUUCUGAGAACUUCGAGAAAAUUUAAUAUUAUUACCUAUAAUAAUUAAUUAAUAAUUUAUUUCAAUUAAAAUUAUUGAAUUCAAAGUAGUGAAAAUGAUGCACUUAACUCAUAACAUGGUCUCCCUUUGACUGAACCGCCAAUUCGUAAUAACUUUAUACAUUCUUAAUGUUUUAUAUUGACGAAAGUAGUAACGGUUUUCUUAUAUGUAACAAUGUCUAAUGUAAUAUUGUGUAGAUACAUGAUCCAAGUGGUUGU